AUGCAAAGCCCCCUUCUAUCCGACAUGUACCUGGCUCUGGCUUAUCCAAGCCUCGUCAUAAUGGCUCUACUUAACCCGACAUUCGCCUUUGGGAUCUUCGUCCUGCUCUACCUCGCCUCCUUUGUCUUUUUCGCCCUCCUGCGAAUCGUGACCGGCAUAUCCAUACAGCGCAUCGGUUACCUCUCGCUACGACGGCUCGCUUAUACACCUCGAGAUGGAUGUCGCAUCGAGAUUAGGGGGCUGGGCUUUUCGAUCCAUCGCCCAACGUUUGCGCAGCCGACGUGGCUGAGCCUGGUACUGAACGAGCUCGUAGUGACGGUCGACAUCAGGGCACUUCAAGGCUCGCAUAAGCACAAUGAUGGUCGCACUCAAGGCAGGAAUGCAUCGUCCAAGGACAACAAGGAUGGUAACGGGACGAUCCCCAUGCGCAAAACCCGAUCUCGACCAGCGGAGUACGGGUCUCGCAGCGAGACAUGGAAAAAGCUCACGAAGAUCAAAGACCGCAUCAAGAGGAUACAUCGAAAGAUGAACUGGCUGCGGAUGGUAGAUGUUGUGGCUACCAACUCCACGAUCAACGUGGUCGAUGUCGGCCACCUGCAAGUUGGCAGCAUCACCGUGGCCGUAGAUACUAGGCGUAAGAUGGUCGACAGGGCGCGCUUCCUCUUCCAAAGGUCCACAGCCAAGAAGCACGAUCGUCAAGCGGAGUGGAUUCUUUCCGUGCGCAGUGUCCUGUUCACGGCGCGAGGCAAAGAGUCGCUUGAGGUACUGGACCAUGCACUGCUCAACAUUCAUGGCCACCUUUAUGAAUCUAUGGAGGGACUUCGCGAUGCGACCCUGGCGCUCAAGCUCGGACGCGUUCACAUACCAUAUGACGAUCUGCACAUUUGCACGCGGCACUACAAGACGUGUCGUCAAGAUGCCACGGGAGGCCCUAAUCAGCCGGUCGAUACGUUCGUCGGCGAGGUUCCCCAAAACAAAAACGAAUCUGAUCAACAAAGCGAAGACCUCAUGCAAACAGUAUCAGACUCAAAGGACUUUCUGAGCUCGAUACUUCGAGGUAUCAAAGAGGUCCAGUUCGCUGCCAGCUUUCUCAGUAUUUCUAAAAACGUGGACGAAAUACAGCCCAAGCCAGGCUCGACUCUGCAACUCAACGCUGCGAUGAAGGAGAUUGGAAUCGAUCUCCAGCGACUGGACCCCAGUUCGCCGGCACAUCGCAUGUACUUCCCUUCCAAAGAUAUUGCCCACGAAGCAUUGGUGGCCGCUCUGUCAAUAUCUGUGGGCUUGGACAAUGGUCAAGGCAAGCCGGAGCGCCUUCUCUACGUGCCCAUGGCCACUACAACCGUACGCACGACACUGCCGUCCAAGACAGUCGAGCUCGUACACGAAGACACGAAUGAGGAGAAGAAUGCCAACAUGCUAUUUGAAAAUUCCGUCAUCACUUCGCCGUCCAUCGACCUCGACCCUCGUCACCUCCCGAUUCUGCUUGCUUUGAUGCAGCGGAAACCCAAGGCGCGAAACGCUCAGAAGCAGCAGCAUCGUGCUCUUAUCCCUCGACUACUGCCGAAAGCCAUCAUCAAGGUGUCACUUCAUGAGCCCGUCAUGCGUAUCAAGCUACGGCCAUUGCUGAAGACGGACAACGCGGAUGAUUUUGACCUUAUAAUCUCCUCCAUUUCUUCCAUCUCGCUAGACAUGGAAUCAUCGCAUUCUCUCACGGAAGACUCUCACUAUGCGCUGACCGGUGCUUUGCGACUCCAAACACAUCAUCUCUACUAUCAGACAAACGAGCGGGAAAGAUUCAACCUCAUCACCACUGAUUCUUUCGACAUGAAGGUCAAUCUCACAGCAAACCCUGACAUGUCCGUCGAGGCGUCGGGCAACAUCAAGACAUUCUGCAUUUCCAUGGUGCGACCGGAAAUUACGGAUGGUCUCCGUCAGAUUGUAAAGGAACUUCGUCUUGACGUUGAGCCUGAGAAACGCACAAUUCCGGGAACAUCAAGAGGCAAGAACUUCCUGCGGACCAUGCCUCGCUGGCUCACGAGUUGUCAUAUCGGGGCAACAGAUGUCAGCCUUGAAGUGGCUGGCAUCGACUUGGACAUUUCGGAAGACACUCGCGGGGUGAGCCUGCACCUUGAUCAGCUCUCGGCCGAAUACAGAGAACAUAAAGUCGAAGGCCUGCGAAGACGCAUGCCACGCACUAGAACGCAUAGCCGGUCAUUGACGCAGUCUGACUCGGACUUGACCGCCGGCCCUGGUUCGCCACAUCCUAGGAGGAAGCCACAACACUACGGCGAUGGUAGACGUCUCGUCUUGCAUUCACGCGGCAUUGAAGCACAGAUUGUAGAGAGUGUUGAGCGGCUUGAGGUAGAGCCUUUCCUCAACAUUCCUCGUCUAGACCUUACCUUCUCUGCGUCCAGCGACCCUCACGGACCCAUGUUUCAUAUCCAGUCUCACAUCAAGAGUAUCUUGGCGCAGUACUCCCUGUACAGGCACUACUCGGUCGGCGUGGCUGUGAUGACAGUACGCAAGGCGUUCUUGAAGACGGGCCACGACCGGAAGCCAAGGCAUCGGCAAGACACUGUCAAGCCCAACAGCCUGGCCCCGCCUGUAGCCCCUGGACAGUUUGAAGAUGACGACGGGCUGUCGACCAUAACGCCAGAGCUCGUGACAGUCGACAUCAAAACGUCCCUUGUUCAGGUGAAGGCGGAGAUGCCUCACGAUCCUCAAAUGUUGCUCCGUUUAUACGGCUUGGAGGUUGGCCGACACAGAUGGUCCGCGCCGUAUUGUCAAGCCAAGAUGAUUCGACUGUAUGUCGAGCCUCCACGCGUGCGCAACGCUUGGGCACGCAUGAUCAGCAUCAAGGACGUCCGGUUCGACCUGCGCAAGUCCAAGCGCAAGACGCCUCUCGGGGGUGUUGUCGAGGAAGAGCUGUUUGAUCUGUCAAGCUCAGCUGUGCGAGUUGGCGUUCCACAUGAGGUCGUUGUGAAUCGCAUAACGGACAACUUUACCAACGUGUUCAAGGCAUGCUUGCAACUCCACCACCGCUUCAGCACAGGGACCAAUGAGUACAUUCUGGACAAGCACCCUGAGGGUCCAAAGAACGUGCCCAAAGUAUCCUUUCGAUCGCGCAAGUUCAUGUUUGAGUUGGAAGACGGCGCUUUUGAAUGGAAACUGGGUAUGAUCUACAGGACGGGACGCACCGAGCAGACCCAACGGCUUGCGAGAGAAGACGCAUUUCAUGCCAAGAUUAGAAAAGUCAGGGAGGAGGAGUCGAGGAAAGGGAACAGCAAAGUGAGAUCCCGUUCUGCAUAUCAACGAGGCCGCACAGAAAAUACAAGCGGGUCCUGGUUCAGGAGCCGCAGCCUUGACGCCAUCUCGCCAGCAGAUAGCGGGCCGGGCCCUGAGCCCAAGAGAAUACCGCGUUAUGAUCCAGAGUCGGAAACGGCGGGUAUCAACGCGUACUCGAGAAUUUCCGAGCAAGAGGCCCGUGUCAAGUUAGACUCGUUGAAUGCCCAGACCUGGAAGAAGCGCAUCGACAACGCAUACGAGAUGUCGCGCAACAGCGUCUGCGAGCUACGGAAAGCGUUCUGGGGCCCGAACAAUCUGCCGGACGACAUUGAGGAAACAGAGAACAUUCUGGAGGUGCCUCAACGCCCGGCACUCAUGUCAACCAUGAUCACCGAUCUCCGCUUCAUCAUAGACAAGCCGACGUUCCCGUUGAGCGAGCUACCGACGUUCCUGAACGAUGUUGGCAAAGGCAUGCCACGGGAUAUGAAGUAUGGACUGCUCGUGCCGAUGCACGUCACUAUCGAGGUGGACGAGGCCAAAAUGUCACUUCGUGACUAUCCGCUACCGCUUCUUCAUAUUCCUUGGAUGAAGACGGGACAAUCAACAAAAUUGCCGGCCAUGUCAUUGAAGACCAACUUUGUCAUAGCGGAAGAGUUUCGUGGACAGCAGUCCACGCGAAAAGUGCGCGUUAACAUAGUGCCACCCAAAGAUUCCCGGCAGUCGAGCGACGGCAGCUUUGAUAUCGAGAUCCGACGCACCAUCGGCCCCAUAAAAUCCUACUCGGACGUCUUCAUGGACAUUAACACCGCGCUGCCUACAAGGAUUACGUGGGCGCCUUGCUACCAACCAGCCAUUCAAGACAUGAUGAUGGUGAUUGAGUCCUUCACCAAGCCCCAGAUCGACCCUUCUGAGCGUGUUGGAUACUGGGACAAGCUGCGCCUCGUCUUCCACUCACGUAUGCGCAUCGCCUGGCGAGGCGAUGGCGACAUGCAUCUGUCGCUCAAGGGCACGCGUGAUCCGUAUCGUGUGACUGGGGCCGGCGCGGGCUUCCUCAUGUGCUGGCGUAACAACGUCAGGUGGAACAUCAACGCCGAAGACGACCCCAAGCGGUUCAUGACGGUAGACAGUGGAGAGUAUAUUCUUGCCGUGCCUGACUAUACGCAUCAGGUUCGCGAUGCGGCACGCCGCGAAGAAUCAGCGGGUAAGGCUGUGACAGAUGACAUUACCAAGACUGGCGCCAUGUUCAAGAAGGUUGUCAUGAAGCUAUCAGGCAAUGUUCAAUGGAUGUCCGGACUGACCUUUGAACGCGAUAUUGAGGACGGCAAACGCAGCUUUGACUUCAAGCCUCACUACGAAGUCAUCCUCAAGAGCCCCAAGUAUGCCCAGUCUACCGACGGACAGCUUUAUGACUCUAUGCGUGGCUUCAGAAGCCGCUACAUCCACAUGUCCAUCGCAGUCCGCGCUCCUGUAGACCGCGAUUGGAUGUCGGACAGCCCUGAACCGUCAACAAGCUACAACACGGUGCACCUGACCCCUCGUUUCUUCACGCACUUCUUCGCAUGGUGGGGUCUGUUCAAGCAGCCCCUGUCGUUGCCGAUUCGGCAGGGCAAUCUCUUCCCAGGCCGCGAGAAGAACAGCAAGAAGUUUGGGCGACACUUGGCGACCGUCAAGUACAAUCUGCUGCUAGCGCCACUGUUUCUCGCCCAUGUGUACAAGCACAAAGACGUGGAGGACUACUCGGAAAAUGCAGUCUCUGCUACGGGUCUCAAGGUCCGCCUGGAUAGUUUCAUGCUUGAUCUGCACCAGCGCCGAGAGUGGUUCAACACUUUGGACAAGGGCAAGAGCACGCAGCAGGCCAAGACGUCUGGCAUUAAGAUUCACGCAGCACAGCUUGACCUCGCCAAUGCUGAUCUACGCGCGGUGUCUGCUAGCCUGAAGGGUACGACAACAGAGGCCAUCAAGCGUGGCUCCAUCUCUACGCUGAUCACCGACCAGGGAGACAAACCAGACUUAUCGCGCUUCAACAUCCCGGACCAUGACUACAGUUGGAUUGACAUGGAUGACUUUGUCGAGUUGGACUGGAUCUUGCCCACCGAGCCUCAUCCUAACACCAAGAUCCUCCCAUUGGGAUUCGCGCCUCGCCUGACAUACUUUAGGCAAACGGACAUUGACGGAACGAUCGCCGGUGAUCCGUCACGCAGAAGUCCCUUUGGCAACGAGCCUACGCACUUUUGCAUCAUGAGCCACAACGAUGACCCGAAGCAGGUGCAGGCAAAACUCAUCGAGGAACGUCUCGAGCAACUACGCGUGCAGAUGCAGACCCAUUCCCGUAAUGUUGGCGAGGCUGAACUCAAGGUCGUACGGACCAACGCUCAGGAGGAGGAGUGCGUGGAAAACUUCGAGGCACUUCGCAAGCACUCGGCCGUUUUAGAAGAGAAGAAGAAGUUUCUGGAGGACAUGCUCGAGCAAGUCCAGGCCAAGAUUCCGCCAGUAGGGCCAAAACCCAAACCGAAGGAGGAGUGUGGAUCCGAGGAGUCGAUCGAUGUCAAUGACGAAAAGUUGAAUAUCCCAUCGAGGCCCGAGUUUGAGAGCGAGUUCAAAAAUCGGUUCAUCCUGCACAACAUGCAGCUCAAGUGGAACAAUGUCUUGCGAAACAUUGUGCUGCGGUACAUACACCAAAACAGCCAGCGUCGUGGAUUCAUCUACUACCUAAGCCGGCCGGCCAUCAAGUUCAUCCUUGAUAUUGUGGAAGAACAAAACAAGAUGAAAAGUAGUAAGAAUGGUAAAGCCGAGUCUGUGCCUCCAUCAGCUUAUUCAGACCGCGGUAGUCACCUUGACAUUGAGGACCGGAUCAAGAGCAUACUGGGUGAAGACCGGAAAUUCUACUCCACAGCAUCCGAGUCUAACCCGGAAGGCACGAGUAGCAGAGGCAUCGAAGAUCUGACCUCCGGCCUGUCUGACGAAUUCAGUCCCCAAAGUAGUUAUCAUGUGCGGCUCAUCGCUCCCCAAAUUCAACUCCAGAGCGAGAAGAACAAGAAGAACGUUGUCAUCAUCACAGCCAAGGGCAUGGAGCUCAAGGUGAUGGAGGUCAUGGACAAGGAGCGCAUCUCUGAUGAUGUCAGUGGUCUUGUACAGCGUCGAUUCCUCGUCAACAUGGACAGCACGCAGUUCUUCGUCACACAUCACAAAUGGUUCCUGACGAACCUGGUCUCGAUGUAUGCCGGAAGUCGGUAUGGCACCAAGAGUGGUUCAUCGUGGCCGCCAUGGGUUCCCAUGGAGAUCAUGUUUGAUUUCACAGCUACACCUUUCGGCUUCAAGCGUGUGGUAGAGAAGACGUCCGCCGUGCUCCGGUACGACAAGUACAACACGCUUCGCCUCAAGUACAACGACGAGGUCAACGCAGAAGACACAUCGGCGCCUGCUGCAGAGAACAAUGAGAAGCGAAUGGACAGCCUUUGGGUUGAGUUUCCUCAGGUAAGAGCGCUCUGCAACUCGUCCCAAUACUACGCCCUAUAUGUCAUAGUGCUGGACCUUCUCAUGUACAGCGAGCCGCUCGAGAAGACGCGAAGCGAGCGUCUCGAGAAGAUCAUGCUCGCCUCCGACUUCAGCAACCUGAGCGGCGCGCCGCAGAAGAUUCAAAAGCUACAAGAACGCAUCAGGCAGAUGGAAGAGAUCAAGGCGCACUUUCAAAUCUACGCCAAGUACCUCGACAAGCGCGGCUGGGACGACCGCCUCACACUCGAGCGCGAUCUGGCCGCCGCGGAAGAUGAACUCUUCUUCGUCAUGAAAGCAAUCACCACCUCGCAGCGAAAGUACGACGUCAAUGCCAGCGAAAACGCGCUGCUUAAGUGGAAUAUACUGGUACAAGAUAUUGUCUGGCACCUGAUGCAGGAUUCAAACGAGCCAUUGGUCGAGCUCCAGCUGAAGGAUCUCAUGUACGACCGCACGGACAACUCGGACGGGUCGCAUGUGAAUCUACUCCGCGUCGGCAAGGUGCUCGGUCUCAACCUUCUGCCUAACGCGACGUAUCCCCAGAUCAUUGGGGCCUAUGACGAUCCAGAGAAGAUCCCACAGGGCGAGAAGGCCAGCCACGAGAUGAUUCGCGUGUACUGGUACAUGCUCGAGGCCAUUGCGGGCAUCACGGUCAUGGAUCGGUUCGAGGUGGAUCUGUUUCCCAUGGAAAUCCAAUUGGAGUAUGAGGUUGGCAAGCGGCUCAUGGCGUACAUCUUCCCUGGGAUGGAGGGCGAGCAGAACAAGUCGGCGACCAAGAAGGAGAACUCGCAUUUCGCCAUGAAACACCAGCUCAUGGCAGACCAGCCACCGGAGGAAGAUGACACGUCGUCCCUCACCAGCUCAACAAGUAGACUGGGGACGCCGUCCAUGGACAAGGACUCUUCUGGAUUCUCGACGCGGGCUGGGUCACUGGAGCUCAGGUUGCGCCCCACGCUGACGUCGCACACGCCAGACCGGAACAACACGAGGAAGAACCUGACCGUGAACACGGGCGAGGGCCACCGUUUCAACCUUCUCCGCCUGGGCGGAUCGAAAACUGCUGCCAAAAAGCCAUCGUACGACUCUCUGCGCGCCGUUGCGCAGGCCGCUCCAAAGAGGGAAAUCAACAGGUCAUCCACGAGUGUGUCCAAGGAAAGUCGAGACAGUACGGUGGUCGGCGAGAAGAAGCAGAGGUUUAUUCGGGGCCGCAAAGGACCUGGCGAAGACAAACAACAAUCGGACGACCUGACGCAGAUGAUUGCGCGCGCCAGCAACUACAUGACCUUUUCGUACAUCCGCCUGCAGUCAGUUGUGCUCUGCCUGAGCUACAAGGGCAAGGAGCAGCGCAACUUUGAGGACGUGCACGACUUUGUCUUCCGUAUGCCUACGAUUGAGUGGCAGAACAAGACGUGGUCAAGCAUGGAUCUCACCAUGGCGUUCAAGAAGGCCUGCAUGCGCGCGCUGCUGUCACACACGGGCGCCAUCAUUGGCAACAAGUUCUCCAGGCACCGACCGAACGCCGAACAGCGUACCAAGCUGAGGGACAUCGCCUCGAGCUCGGCGCUGAUAGCACCGUCGUCCUCGGCGGGAUCGCAGAACUACGCGGGCAGCAUGCAGGACAGCGACGACUCAUCCAGUAUGUACGCGCACUCGCCUGUCGACUUUUCCCGGUCGCCGCCUCGCUCGCUGCGUGGUAGCACGCAUGGCAGCGCACCUGGACCGAGCAGGAGUAGCAGCAUUGCGAGCAGCAGAUCCCGCGGCUCUGCGCAAGUCCAGCCUGGCGGUAUGGCGGUGCCGACCCAUGUCAACCUGACGCCUCCAACGCCCAUAGAAGGACGAAGAGGUAGUAACCAAGGGCUCGGCCAUGACCUGCUCCGACCUGGGUCCAGUAGUGGCAUCGUUCACCGCGGACCCAGGAGGAUCGGCACGGGCAGCUCCGAUCGCCCAGCGACGAGCCAUGGCGGCACCGACUCUAGAAGGAGGAGCGGCGCGGGCAUUGGACUCCGAGACAAGAUCAGUGCAUUUACGCAUAGAAUGAGCCACAGAGAGAGUAGUGGGCUCACGCUCGACGAGGCCGAGGAAGCAGAAAACGAGAGUGUCCACGGCAGUACUAAUGGCGGUGGUAACAACAACAACAACAACAACAGCAACAGCAACGGCAAUGACGGAGAGAACAAGCCCUCUCCUCCGACGAAGAGGAUGACUUGGGCGCCUGGGAGGACAAAGACAGGCUAG